CCUGAAAUUUUUAUCUGAUCUUAAGUUGAACUGAAUAGAAUUCUCAGCCCAAAAUUACUACCCAAACCCGCCAAUUUUGCAGGGUAGGUCGAGAUGUGUUAGAUAACUUUGAUUAGCAAUUUAGCAUUGAUGUUGAGUAUAUUUGGGGAUUGGGGCAGUGGCCUAUCGUUACUACUAGUAAUUGGCAAUUAGCUCGACUCUGAUGCAACAAGCUGAUGAAUUUGGUAUGCCACACCCAAAGAGCCAAACUUGUAGCACAGGACGCCGCAAAACAACUCAUAAAACUCAACUCCCAAUUGUCAAAACUUACACGCUCAAAUCGUCACCAUGAUUGUCUCUCUCUUUUCCUGCAAAUCCAUUCAUCUGAUGGCUUGAACCCAGAUCAUUAUUCUUUCUCUUCUGCUCUUACUGCCUCUGCCAAGAUACCCAACUCCAGAUUUGGAAACCAGCUUCACGCUCAUGCCAUUUUCACUGGACUUAAAGGUUUCCCCCAUGUCUCAAACACACUCCUUUCACUCUAUGCCAAAACUGAGGACUUGGGUUCUGUUAAAACUGUCUUUUCUGAAUUGGGUACCCCUGAUAAUUAUUCUUGGACUACUUUGUUAUCAGCAUGUACUAAGCUGGGUCAGGUUGAUUAUGCCUGCCAACUGCUUGAUAAAAUGCCUGUGAGAAGUGUUGCCCCUUGGAAUGCUGUAAUUACUGGUUGUUCUGAAAUUGGGUAUGAUGAUAUUGCAUUUGAAUUGUUUGGGAGAAUGCAUAUGUUGGGUGUGAGGCUUGACAAUUACACUUUUGCCUGCGUUCUUAGCUUGUGUUCUGUUGUUGAAUUACAUGGCUUUGGGAAGCAAGUGCAUUCGUUGGUGUUUAAGAGUGGGUUUUUGGGUUGGAGCUCGGUGGUUAAUUCUUUGCUUACAAUGUAUUUUAACUCUGGAAAUUCCAUUGAUGCUCGUAAAGUUUUUGAAGAUGCAGAUGGAAUGGUGCGCGAUGUGAUUACCUAUAAUGCAAUGAUCAAUGGCUUAGCAAGUCUUGAGAGGAAAGAAGAGGCUUUGGUAAUAUUUCAAGAUAUGUUAAAGUCUCGGUUAAGCCCUACUGAGUUAACUUUUGUGAGCCUUAUGAACUCGGGUUUGGUUCUCGACAUGUGCCUCCAGUUACACGCUCAGGCUGUAAAGGCAGGUUAUGAACCUUGCACAGCUGUGAGCAAUGCUGCCAUGGCCAUGUAUGCUGAGCAUGGGCUAUUAGAUUCUGUCAGAAAAUUAUUUGAGAAAUUGGAAGUGAAGGAUGUUGUUUCAUGGAACACUAUGAUAGCCGGAUAUGCUCAUAAAAAUGAUAUUCAAUUAGCAAUCUUAGCUUACAUGGAGAUGCAGAGGAUUGGGUUUGUUCCAGACGAGUAUACAAUUGGAGCCCUCUUAGCUAGCUCAUGUAGCUUAGAAAUUGUCCAGAUGAUCUAUGCCCUAGUGCUGAAAAAUGGGCUCAGUCUAAUGAGUGAAGUUAUUAAUGCUUUGGUGUCUGCAUGCUCUAAGCAAGGUGACAUUGAUCUGGCCUGUCAAAUAUUCUGCAGCAUGCACUCUAAGAAUCUGAUUACCUGGAAUGCAAUUAUUUCGGGGUCCUUGUUAAAUGGUUACCCUGUGCAGGCUCUUGAAUUGUUUCUUCAGCUGCAGAAGUCAAAAAUGAGACCAGAUGUAUACACUCUAACUAUUGUGUUAAGCAUCUGUUCCAGUGUUUCAGCCUUAAGUCAUGGAAUGCAGGUCCAUUGCUACAUCCUAAGACGUUUAUUUCUAAAUGAAAUUGCCUUGGGAAAUGGCCUCAUCACCAUGUAUGCAAAAUGUGGGCUUCUGGAUUGGUCUGUUAAGGUAUUUAAAUCCAUGAGCACAAAGAACGUUGUGAGUUGGAAUGCCAUCAUCUCUGCAUUAGCACAAUAUGGAGAAGGGAAACAAGCUGUCAGGUACUUCACAUUGAUGCAUAAUGAGAUUGGGCUUAAACCUGGCCAAGCCACUUUUACUGCUAUUUUAUCAGCUUGCUGCCGUACUGGUCUAAUUUGCGAUGGCAUUCGCAUAUUUAAUGCAAUGAUCAAUGAUUAUGGGUUGGAACCUGGAGUAGAUCACUUUUCUUGCCUUGUAGACCUUUUAGGGCGAGCUGGAUACAUUGAUGAGAUGGAGAGACUAAUUGAGAGUGAGGAUUACAAGGCUAAUCCCAAUAUUUGGUGGACUCUGUUUAGUGCAUGUGCAGUCUAUGGAAAUGUAAGGCUGGGAAGGAUUAUUGCUGGGUUGCUUCUUCAAACUGAGAAAAACGACCCAGCAGUUUAUGUAUUGCUGUCAAAUAUUCAUGCAAAUGCUGGACAAUGGGAAGAUGCAGCUCAAGUUAGGGAAUUGAUGAAAACAGUUCGAGUUAUAAAGCAACCUGGGUGCAGUUGGAUCAAGCCAUAGUAAUGUCGAAAAUCAAUUUGACAAAAAGAUACUGUUGUUGAGCUUUGCUUUAGAAAAGCCCUAAGUCACCCUUCAUAUGAAGUGAAGUACAUGUAAUUACACCAUCUUCUUUAACACAACUUCAUUAGCGCCAGCUCCAGCUGCAGAAUAUUGACUCGAAUGUUCUGAUAUUUGGUUUGUGGUGGUUUCAGUAGAUAGUGAACAAAAAAAUCAGAGCUCUUAAUACAGAAAAUUCGAGAGGAAAGAGGAAGGCCUUGGACAAUCAAACUUGAUGAGGGCUUGAAACAUUCAUCUCUAAAAUCAAAGAAGAGGCUUCAAGUUGCUUGGCUGGAUUCUGCAUCACACUGCUACAUGAUCCGAAACCCCAAAGCAGAUUUCUCCCUUAUAAAUUCUUAAUCUGCUACUUGGUUUUUUGUGAGACAUCGUUUCCAGCAAGGGCAGCAACAGAUGCUUUCCCCUGGGACAGAAUUCAAUGCAAACCUAUCAGGUUGAUUCGAAGAGCACCAACAAGUAAUAUUGUGAUUAUUCUAUGUUUGUUUAUCAUACAGAGUUGUUAAUGAUAUGUGAGCUGUAGAAAUCGAAAGUAUUAAAUUGGUUGUUUAUGUCCCCUCCAUUCUUAGAAUAUGUAGAAAAAUUAAGAGGUCUUGUAAACGGGCAUUGAAUAUGACCAAGAACCUAAUUCUGAAAAAAUUAGCUACAGUUACA